AGAGAGAUAAACCUAACGAGCACCCAUCAAUCAAUGGCUGCUCUCUUUCUCUCUCCUCCCUGUUUCCUCUCUCUCUCCUCCUCCUCCAUCUCCAAACGCCCAGUCUCUCUCCCUCUCUCGAGACCCCCCUCCGCCAAGAUCCGCUCCCUGCUCUCCUCGAACUUCUCUCCCAUCGCCGACCCUUCGCCCGCGGGCUUCCCCUCUAUCGAUUCGGAGCCUGGCAAGUGGGACCCAUCUCAGUACCAGGCCCUGCUCAGGGGGGGAGAGCAGGUCACCUCGGUUCUCCAGGACAUGAUCGCUCUGCUGGAGGAUAUGGAGCUGGAUGCCUCGUCGGAGGCGGCGGCGGUGGAGCUUGUAGCGCAAGGGGUUAUCGGGAAGAGGGUUGAUGAGAUGGAGUCUGGGUUCAUGAUGGCGAUGGACUACAUGAUACAGAUCGCUGACAAGGAUAAUGACCACCAGCGAAAGUCGCUUUUGGAGGUGAUCAAGCAAACAGUGCUGGACCAUCUCACCAAGAAAUGCCCUCCACAUGUGCAAGUAAUCGGGUUGCUUUGCCGAACUCCGCAAAAGGAAAGCAGACAUGAAUUACUACGCCGAGUAGUCGCGGGUGGUGGUGUUUUUAAAAGUGAAAAUGGUCUUAAAGUUCAACUUCCAGCAGCAAAUCUGAAUGACAUUGCUAACCAGGCAGAUGAUUUGCUAGAGACUAUGGAAGCCAGACCAACAAUUCCUGAUCGGAAACUGCUUUCAAGACUAGUUCUGAUCAGAGAAGAAGCUCGUAAUAUGAUGGGCGGUGGAUUAUUGGAUGAAAGAAAUGAUCGUGGUCUGAGUACACUUCCGGAAGCAGAGGUGAACUUUUUGAGCAAGCUUGUUGCUUUGAGACCUGGAAAGCCUGUGAAGGAAAUGAUAAAUAAUGUGUUGCUUGGUAAAGAUGAGGGUGCGGAUCCCUUGGAUGACAAUGAUGAAGACUCCUCAAACACACAACAGAGAUUAAGUGGCAUAGCAGGAAGAGGAAGUGUAACGGGCCGCAAACCACGUCCUGUUCGCCCUGGCAUGUUCCUUGAGACUGUUUCCAAGGUAUUAGGUGGAAUUUAUGCAGGGAAUGUAUCUGGCAUGACAGCUCAACAUUUGGAAUGGGUUCAUCAAACAACCCUUCAAAUUCUAGAAGAAAUGGCCUUCUGAUUUUUGCACUUGGUACUAUGUCAAGGUGUCUGUUUGCUCUCAACAAAUUGUCGCUAUGGUUCAUCAAGCCACCCUUCAAUUUCUAGAAGAAAUGGCCUUCUCAUUUUUGCUCUGUGAUAUUAUGUUUGAGGUGCCUCCUGUGUUCUCGGUUUUAUUACCUCAGGAGGGACAGAGAUCAAUUGAAGUAGAUACAGAAAUAUAUUGGAGCGCCGGAGUUGGUCGCUAGCGUUUUCUCGUUUUACCCAGCAAGAGAUUAGAGGUUAAGACAAUUAUCUCCAUGUGCUUUUCACCUUGAAGAUAUCCAAGUGCCGCAGCUUGUGACGAUGCUGAACCAAGGAGAACGGUCAAUAAUGUUUUAUGGAUAAGCAAUUUUGUAUAACUGUUGAGGUAUAGGUGAAGAGACAGACGUGUGAUUUACUAUACAAGAUUUGGCCCAUGAGCGUUGCUUAGAGGUGGUGAUAUAUGGGCAGAACUUCACGCUGGAAGCAUUAGCACUGUUAGUUAUUUCAGCUUCAUCAGAAGACGACUACAAUGGCAAAUGAAGCCAGCUGCAGACGAGGAAGAAAGUCUUUUUUUUUCCCAUAACGGGCCACAGAGAAAUGGGGACGACAACUCUGCUUAACUUGUCUGUAACAUCUUCGAUCUUAAAAUCAGAGUGCAUCUCCUCUCCCUUUGAUGUCGAAAGGGUUAUGGCUGUCAAAGUGAGUGGAGACGCACCCAAAUUUUGAGAUCGAAGGAUCCCUUGUUGUUGUGGACAAGUUGAGCCAGAGUGGUCUUCCCUAUUCCUCUGUGGCCCAUUACGGAGAAAAAGAGCUGGUACAGUUUUCAUCCUCGUCCGCUUCCUCUCAGAGAAGUGCAACAGAUGUUAUGCACGCUAAUUGUGGGACUAUUUCUUUUUUCAUUUCUUCCACAAUGGAUUUACAGAGGAAUGGAGAAGGCAUCCUUACACAACUCCUAUACAAGAUGAGAGCACAUUGAAGUCCUUUGACCUCAGAAUUUUGAGCGUCUUUCCACUCUCUUUGAUAUCAGAGCGUUAUGACUGUUGAAGAGAGUGGAGACGCACUUCAAAAUUUUGAGAUCAAGGGACUUGUUUUUGCUCUCAUCCUUGUAGAUGAGUUGUGCAAGGGUGGUCUUUCCCAUUCCUCUGUGUCUCAUUAUGUGGAAACGAGUGUGUUAAUGUUGCUUUCUUCCUCAUCUGCAACGGGCGUCAUCCGAGGAAAGUGCACCAGAUGUUAUGCGCACAAAUUAUGAGGGUGGUAAGGUAACAUCUCUCUUGUUCCAUAAUGGGCCUCAGAGGAAUGGGGAAAACAUCCUUGCACAACUUGUCUAUAAAAUGAGAGCACACUGAAAUCCUUGGGGCUCGGAAUUUUUAGGUGCAUCUCCUCUCCCUUUGAUGUCAAAAGGAUUAUGGCUGUCAAAGGAAGUGGAGAGACGCUUCAAAAAUUCUGAGACCAAAGGAUCUUGGUAUGCUCUCAUCAUUAUAGACGAGUUGUGCAAGGGUGGUUUUCCCUAUUCCCCUGUGGCCCUCAACGGAAAAAGAGACAUGUUAGUACCUCGGUAUGCUCUCAUCAAUAUAGACGAGUUGUGCAAGGGUGGUCUUCUCUAUUCGUUGGUGGCCGUCAAUGGAAAACGAGAGAUGUGAGCUGAUUUGUAUGUUAACUUACCGUGCUUGCCCCCAGAUAAUUGUUUUGUUCGAUCAUGUAUAAUUUGCUUGGCGUGGGAUGUUGGGAUUUUCUCAAAGCUGCUCUGCAGUUGCUAAUUCUCUACGCAUGAUUUGUUAGUUCUCUACACAUGAUCCAGUAUGAUUCUUGAUCCUGCCGUA